AGUUCUUCCUUGCUUUGGACCACGCUUCUUUGGGCGCCUUGUGCCGCUUAAGAGCUCCUGGGCCUGUAGGGGUGGGUCACCUGUCGACCCCGGCUGCGUCGUGGGUCCUAGGUAGGGCUGGAACCGCUACUCCGCUCUUGGCUGUUUGGAAGGCCGCUGGAGCGACUCCCGGGCCUGUGAAGUGGCCCGCCGUUGCCGGAGGGCCGGGACUGAUGGCCGCCUCCCUUGCUCCCACUCCCCGGAGGUAGAACAUUCGGAGCCUCAGUUUUACAAGCCUUUCCUUCCCUGCUUAGCCCUGGAUCCCGGGUUCAGCACAUCUGUAUUGCUUUGUGCUUGCAGCAGUAAAAUAUAGUCGAGUAAAAAAUAAUGUGAAACUUUUGAUUUAGAAAAUCAAGGCUUUCGGCUCCAUUGAAGUUCCUUGAUCGAGGGCAAGUUGUUUUAAUCUAUCCGAACCUCAGCGCCUUCACCUGUAAAAUGGGGCUUAUGGCCCUGCCUGUCACUGAGUUGUUUGUGAGCAGUUGGCAAAUUUAGAUCAUUUUUAAAAUGGAAUCUCUCCUUUAAGUUAAGACACAUACGCUAUUUCUUCCCGGUGGAAUAUCAAAUCUUGAUGAAUAGAAUAAAGCAGACAUAAUUAAUCUCUUAAAAGAUUAUUUAUAUCCUGGCAUUUGAAAUGUUUUGUAUUUAGAAUUGUAGUAAAAAAAAAUGGAAAAAGAGAAAGUAAAUGAUGAUGGACAACCAGACCCACAGAAUUCCUUGGACUUUUCUGAACACUUUAACCAACUUGAAUUGUUGGAAACACAUGGACACCUUAUUCCCACUGGAACCCAAAGUCUCUGGGUAGGGAAUUCUGAUGAAGAUGAGGAGCAAGAUGAAAAAACUGAAGAGUGGUAUCAGUUGCAAGAAAAAAAAAUGGAAAAAGACCCAAGCAAAUUGCUCCUUUGGGCUGCUGAAAAAAAUCGGCUGACUACAGUGCAGAGACUACUUUCUGAAAAGGCCACUCAUGUGAACACUAGAGAUGAAGAUAAGUACACCCCUCUUCAUCGAGCAGCCUACAGUGGACACUUAGAUGUUGUCCGUGAGCUGAUAGCACAAGGAGCAGAUGUUCAUGCGGUGACUGUGGAUGGCUGGACACCCCUGCACAGUGCUUGUAAGUGGAAUAAUACUAGAGUAGCGUCACUCUUACUUCAGCAUGAUGCAGAUAUCAAUGCCCAGACAAAAGGCCUCCUGACCCCCUUACAUCUCGCUGCUGGGAACAGAGACAGCAAAGAUACCCUGGAACUUCUCCUGAUGAACCGCUACAUCAAACCAAGUCUGAAGAACAGUCUGGAGGAAACAGCAUUUGAUAUCGCCAGGAGGACAAGUAUCUAUCACUACCUCUUUGAAAUUGUGGAAGGCUGCACAAAUUCUUCACCUCAGUCUUAAUGGUUCUGAUCCUUUAAGUUUUGAAGUACCAGUGCCUCUUCUGUGUGAGAUGUGAAAAAUCCCCAUAAUACAAAGUUGACAUCAAACACCUUACAACAAAAAUUCAGUGGUACUCAUUAUAUCCUUCCAAGUGAAUUGCCUGACCUUGAGGUCAAAAUGUAUUUGAGAAUUGUUUGCAUUUAUCGUUAAUGAUUUCUGUGGAGUGCGUGAUUUUUAUCAGAAAUAAUUUUAACUAUACUUAAAAACCUGUCAUGGGUUGUACAGAAAACUAAUGAUAUUUUUGGUGCUGAUCCAAGAAAAAUGUAUUUUUAAAUAUUCCCCAUCCUGGAUCUUUGUUAAAUAUUUAGUAUACUGACAUGUAUUUUUAUAAGGUAAGGUAACUCAGAAUUUAAUUUAAAAGUCUUCAAUAUACAGGUGCAGUUCAGCUGUCUUCUCUGUGUUACCAUAGCCAUUUGCUUUCAUUUUAAACCAUAGGAACUCACAUCGUGUCUUGACUCUUCAUAAGUUAAAAAACCUAGAUCUUUGUCUUUUAGAACCUAGACCAUUUUCAGGAAAGUAGUUAGGUGUUGAAUCCAUGAAUGUUAUAUACUGCCUCCCUCCCACAAUUCACACACUCCUAUGGACAGUCCUACCUCACCCUGGUCCACCUACAUAAUCCUUGUUCUACUGGUGAGUCAGCGUGACCUUUCAGACAUGAACACAACUAUACCUUGGUCCCAGAGAUUGUAAUGUAUCUGCUAUCCAGCUGGUUUUACCUGCCUAAACCUCCUGAUUCGGGCGCUGCUCAUAAUCAGGUUCACAGGAAGUGUUGAUUUUUCUAUGGUCCUCGUUUUAUACAAACCUUACAAAGGGAAAGAGAAGGAAAAAGAAAUUCUAAGAGUGAGGGGAUGGUUAUUAUACUAGGGCUAGAACCACAAAGUGGCUCAGGCUUUUUAAAAAAGCCACAGUGUGGAUAGUGACAAAAGCAUAAAUAUAUUUAAAUAAAAGUUUCAAACAACAAAAAAGGGCAUGAGUUCUUUUUUUACCUGUAUACACCUUCCUUGGAUCCAUAACAUAUUUAUUAAUCAGCAUACAUUUAUUGAAUCUCUUCUCUUGGCCUCUCCAACAGUGGUGUCCCGUUGGCUACCUACCCCCUCUGUGACUGUUCCCAAAGGAUUUUCUCUUAACUUUUCAACACAAGAACACGCUAGAGAAAGAACUAAAUCAGUGGCUCUUCAGUUAUAAUUUUUAAAUGUCCACCAAGGUUUGUCUCUUUUGAGCCAGCCCUUAUGACCUAAUCACCCUAGACCAGGGCUCGGCAAACUUUUGAGAUGGAAGAGCCAAUCCUGUCCCU